GUGUUGUAGGGGAGAGGUAUCUCUAGACCCGAUCUAUAUUGCAGUCCAAGAACAUGAAAUGCUUGCUUCGCGGAUUGGGCCACCUGAUUUGCUCCUUCACUAGUGUAAUUUGAUAUUCCUAGUCCUUGGUCUGAUUUAUUUAUUUUUUGCAGUGUCAAGGAGUUUUGAAAGUGGACAGCUACUCGCUUUCGUCAUCAGUCUGCUACUCACUAUCACAGUACUUGUAGUUCACCUUUCCUCUCGACGAAUAAUCAUAAUUCUGUCCGAUUUAGAGGAAAUGCACACCUCGCUACCUACUAUAUUCUUAUCCUAGAUUCUGGAUUGCGAAAAGUUGCUUGCAUCCAGAGGUAGCUUGCAAGUCGCUGAAGCAUUACCUCGCCCUCCCGAUCCGGCACAGGAGGGCCUGCGAUUCUCCAACUUUUCAGCUUCAGUUUAUUUGAGUAACCCGCCACUUCAAUAACUUUAAUAACUGACCGUCUCCCCCGGAUCUGCACCAUCUCCAAGUCUCAUGCACAAGUUAUUGCAACUGAAUACCCCGGCUGCAGAAUCUCAAGUCUCAACGGAGAUUGUAGCAAGUCCAUUUUGGUGAGAAGGGUUAGGAGUAUCUGACAGAGCAAGAUGGUGCUAUCAAUAUGCAAGAGCAUGAAGGAGACGAAGGGCCACGAUACGAUUGACUCCAUGUUUGCCUCUAGAUAUGCUCAGGCUGAGCUUCCUAGGUUCGAAAUUCCCACCCAGGAAACACCCAAGGAUGUUGCAUACCAAAUCAUCAGCGAUGAGCUCAUGUUGGACGGCAAUCCUCGCUUAAAUCUAGCAUCCUUCGUGACGACAUGGAUGGAGCCAGAGUGUGACAAGCUCAUCAUGGCGGCCCUCAACAAGAACUACAUUGACAUGGACGAGUACCCGAUUACCACUGAGCUUCAGGACCGGUGCGUGAACAUGGUCGCCCGUUUGUUCAAUGCACCAAUUGGGGAAGGUGAACAAGCUGUCGGAGCUGGUACAGUGGGAUCAUCUGAGGCUAUCAUGCUCGCUGGUCUCGCAUUCAAGCGGAAAUGGCAGCUUGAGCGUAAAGCAGCUGGAAAGCCUUGGGACAAGCCCAACAUGGUCACCGGUGCUAAUGUUCAGGUGUGUUGGGAGAAGUUCGCAAGAUACUUCGAAGUGGAGCUCCGAGAGGUAACUCUCAAAGAAGACUACUACGUUAUGGAUCCACACAGAGCAGUCGAACUCGUCGACGAGAACACGAUAUGUGUGUGUGCUAUCCUCGGAUCGACGUACAAUGGCGAAUUUGAAGAUGUGCAGCUGCUUAAUGAUCUGCUAGAGAAAAAGAACCAGGAACUAGGGUUGAAUGUUCCAAUUCACGUUGAUGCCGCAAGUGGAGGUUUCGUUGUCCCGUUCAUAUACCCGGACAUUGUAUGGGACUUCCGGCUUCCACUGGUGAAGAGCAUCAAUGUGAGUGGACACAAGUAUGGCCUCGUCUACGCCGGCAUUGGCUGGGUCGUGUGGAGGAACAAGGAGGAUUUACCCGAGGAGCUUAUAUUUCAUGUCAACUACCUCGGCGCAGACCAGCCUACGUUCACAUUGAAUUUCUCCAAAGGUGCGAGCCAAGUUAUCGCACAAUACUAUCAGCUCAUUCGUCUCGGAUUCAAUGGAUACAAGAGUAUUAUGACAAAUUGCGCCAUGAAUGCCAAAAUACUCACACAAGCUAUUGAGAACCUUGGCCGAUUUAAGAUCUUAUCGAAGGAAGUCGGUGUCCCCUUAGUAGCGUUCUCCCUCUUGGACAGCAGCAACUACACCGAGUUCGACAUCUCCGACGGCCUUCGUCGCUAUGGCUGGACCGUGCCCGCGUACACCAUGGCGCCCGAUGCGCAGCACGUCACUCUCCUCCGUGUCGUGGUGCGGGAGGAUUUUAGCCGGUCUUUAGCAAAUCGUCUCGUGACCGACAUCAAGCGUGUUUUAGACCACUUCGACGCCCGUCCUCCGAAGCUAAUAGAGGUCGUGACUGCGGCCGUCGCACAAGAGAACAGAGAAGCCAACCUCGAUCUGCCAACGACUCCCGACGCAGUGAAGGCCACUGCAGCGUUCAACGAUAUCGUCGUCGAAGGGCACCACGGAGGGAAGAAGAAGCAACAGCACGGCCAUGGCCAUGGCCACCACGGCCGUAGCCAUAGCCAUAGCCACCACGGCCGUAGCCAUAGCCACCACCACAGCCACAGCAAAGACAACCACGGCAAGAAACCCGCCCUUCACAAGAUGAACGGAGUUUGCUAAACUACUUUAAAAGUUUUCUAGACCUAAAAGUACAUACACAACUUCGUUCAUUAGUUCUUUUCCCACAUUGACUUCCACAAUUAAAUAACAAAAUACAUAAACACCAUCUUCCAUUUGGUAGUUCGUUGCAGAUUAUUCUUUUCAUAACUGAAACUAAAAUUAAUGUAAUUUUUUCUUCUUUUUCCGUUUUCUUUUUU